AGUGGGCAUUGGUCUGAGAUUGAAUUCUGUUUGGGAGUGACAACAAAAUCGAGUUUGAAUGAGGCCUCGGCAUGUGCGUGUCACGUGCACUGGAGUUUGGAGUGGAAGUUAGAUUUUGGAGUGCAAGUGAGUGGCACACAACAAUGCAGAUGCUAAUAAAGUUUAAAAUGUACACUUACUAAAUUUGGCAAGAUGAACCCAGAAAUGGACAACUGGAUUGAGUGGUACCAAAUCUAAACCUUAAAGAAACCAACGUCUUACAUUGUUGUUGUAGUAAUAACAUUCACAAUUUCACAUACAAUAAUAAGUGACUCUCUUUCUCUCUUGCCCCUAACAAUAAAAACUUACGCGGUUUUUUCCCACCACAUUUCCUGCACUUCUUCCGCAACUCUCUCCUUCAAACAAAAACCUUACAAAGUGUUGCCGAAUUUGUGGGAAAGGCGGAGAUUGUCGCCUCCACAGCCCGAUCUUCCAAGCAACCAUCGAAAACCCCCAAAAAAAUUUAAAAAAAAAUAAUAAUAAUGGCAUCUUUGAGUCAUUUUCUUCUUUAUUUCUUCCUCUUCUCCUUCUUCCUUAUCACAGGCUUGGCCUCUUCUAAUUCCUCUUUCCUUUCAGAUGAAAUAUUUGAGUCACGUGAUGAAUCCACCGGCCGUGUCCUCCUUCAGGCCAAGAAGGCAUGCACUGAAAACUUUGAGAACAAGAACUAUACAAUCCUCACAGCCCGGUGCAAAGGACCACAAUACCCACCUGUGGUUUGCUGUAACGCUUUGAAAGACUUUGCUUGCCCUUUCGCGGAUGCCAUCAAUGACUUGACAACUGAUUGUGCUUCAACCAUGUUCAGCUACAUCAACCUCUAUGGAAAAUACCCACCAGGCUUGUUUUCCAACCUGUGCAGGGAAGGAAAGCUUGGUCUAAAUUGCACUGAUGUAGGACCUGAUCCCGAUGACAUUAGUUAUGGAGUUCAUACAACUGUGACACACUCUACAUUGCUAAUCAUCACUGCUGGCUUCAUAGUCUUCUUAUUAUUCCAUUGGUUCUGAAGGAUGAAAUUUAUGAGAAUAUAUUGCCACUUUUUACUAUUUAUUGGUUUAGUUAUUCA